GAAAGAGUUGAACAGAGAAUGUAGUCCGUAUGGACAUGGUUCCCCUCCCCUUCCACCUUAUCGUCUUCAUCACUUCUGGAUUUUGGCUCUGACUAUCAUGUUGGAAUCCGAAAAUGAAUCACUUGGCGGAAGACAUUAUGGCAAUGGAGUUCUUAGCUCCACUAAACACGCUGUCAAAACCGCCGGAUUUGAGCCCAGGGGUCAAUCUCGGUAUGUUGCUACUGAUAUUCCAAGUGACUUUCUGGUUCAAACUGGAGAUAUUAAUUUUCACUUGCACAAGUAUCCAAUGCUUUCUAGAAGUGGAAAGAUAAACAGACUGAUAUAUGAGUCUCGAAACCCGGAUAUUGUUAACAAGAUUGCCCUGGAUGAUCUUCCUGGAGGACCUGAGGCUUUCGAGCUAGUUGCGAAAUUCUGCUAUGGGAUUGCAGUUGAUAUAACAGCAGCCAAUGUAUCCACGCUAAGGUGUGCUGCAGAGUAUCUUGAGAUGACAGAGGACUUGGAAGAAGGCAACCUGAUCUUUAAAACAGAAGCCUUUCUUAGUUAUGUUGUUUUGUCAUCCUGGAGAUACUCCAUAAUUGUAUUGAAAAGUUGUGAAAAGCUGUCUCCAUGGGCUGAAAAUCUUCAGAUUGUUCGAAGGUGUAGCGAAUCCAUAGCUUGGAAGGCUUGUGCAAACCCUAAAGGAAUCAGAUGGGCUUAUACUGAAAAACCCCUAAAAGCUUCGAGUCCAGAAUUGAAUGAUAUCAUAGAUUCAAGUCCCCGUAGGAAGAAUCAAUCCGUUCCUCCUGAUUGGGGGUUUGAAGAUGUUUCGAUUCUCAGAAUCGAUCACUUUGUCAGGGUUAUUACAGCCAUCAAAGUAAAGGGUAUGCGAUCUGAAUUGAUCGGGGCUGCAAUAAUGCAUUAUGCCACAAAAUGGCUUCCAGGUAUGGUCAGAGAAGGUGCAGGUGCUGCUGGAGAUGAAACAAGCUGUGGCAGUGCCAGUAGUAGCAACAGUUGGAAAGGGGGACUACAUAUGAUCAUGGCGAGGACUAGAGAGGAUCCUCCGACCGUUCAUUUCAAGGAUCAACAGAAUAUCAUCGAGAGCCUAAUUAGCAUAAUUCCGCCGAAAGACAGUGUGACAUGCAGCUUCCUGCUGAGGCUCCUGAGAAUGGCCAACAUGUUAAAAGUGGCGCCUGCCUUGGUCAAUGAAUUGGAGAAACGGGUUGGGAUGCAGUUUGAGCAGGUUACAUUGGCUGAUCUUCUUAUUCCUACUUACAAUAAAGGAGAAACUUUGUAUGAUGUGGAGCUUGUGCAGAGGCUUUUGGAGCAUUUUCUUAUUCAUGAACAGACAGAAAGUUCAAGUCCCAGCAGGCAAUCUUUUUCGGAUAAGCACAUGUAUGAUGGAGCUCAAAGGGCUAAUAAUGGCACAAGUGCUCAGAUGAGAGUGGCAAGGCUUGUUGAUGGUUAUCUCACUGAAGUAGCCAGAGAUAGAAACCUGUCUUUGAUAAAAUUUCAGGUUUUGGCUGAAGCUUUACCAGAAUCUGCAAGGACCUGUGAUGAUGGACUUUAUAGAGCAGUUGAUUCCUAUCUUAAGGCGCAUCCAACACUAUCUGAGCAUGAAAGGAAGCGGCUAAGUCGAGUGAUGGAUUGGCAGAAACUGUCAAUGGACGCAUGCAUGCACGCCGCUCAAAACGAAAGGCUCCCUCUAAGAGUUGUGGUGCAAGUCCUCUUCUCAGAACAGGCAAAGAUCAACAACGCAAUAGCAACCACCUCACUGAAAGAAGCCGCCGAAAGCCAGUACCAGCCCAUCAUCUCCAACAGAAAGACACUGCUUGAAGGGACGCCGCAGUCAUUCCAGGAAGGAUGGGCAGCCGCCAAGAAGGAUAUUAAUACACUUAAGUUUGAGCUUGAAAGCUCCAAGGGCAAGUACCUUGAGCUGCAGGAUGAGAUGGAGAAUCUGCAGAGGCAGUUUGAUAAGAUGUCAAAGCAGAAACAAACUUCUGCAUGGAGUAGUGGGUGGAAGAAAUUGAGCAGACUUACAAAGAUGAAACAGUUGGAGGACGUUCAAACUUCUGCAGAUCAGAAUAGAAAGACACCUAGAAGAUGGAGAAACUCAAUCCCCUGAUUGCCAAAGGAAUGCCUGUACAUUUAUAUUCAGUGUUACAUAUUGCUAAUGUUUUCUUCCACUGUUACGAUUCCAUCUCUCUGUGCUUUUUUUUCUUCUUCUUGAAGUUCAAUUUUUUUUUCUUGUACUUUUUUGUUUUGUGUAA